GGACAUUUUAUCUCUUCUUUUCUUAGAAACGUCAGUGAAAAGAGUUUUGUCUUAGAACAGUGUAUAAACUUUAAAUUUCAUUGGACAACUUUUUGAAAUUGACAUAUUAAAAAAAUUAUUGACUUAAAAAAAUAUAAAUCUUUGUAGAUAUGGAUGCUUUCAUUGGAUGAUGGGUUUGAAAUGAAAGUGUGUGACUUUAUUCAGAAACUUGAAACUGAUUUAAGAUUAACUGUUAGUAAUUUUAAACUGCUUGUCACAAUUUCUUGAAACAAAUUCUCAUUCUACAACAGACUUGAUAAAACAAGCAAAGAUGAAGACUUUAAUGGAAGAUAAAAAAUUUAAUCCAUGGAUGUCAUCUUCAUUACUGGACUAUACAAAAAUGGACCAGUAUAAGAGAGUUAUGAACUUUGUCAAUUUAUCCAAUGCAUUGACGCCACGCCUUUGUUUUCAGGCUAUCAGAUGUACAGUACCAAGUUGUGCCUGUGAAUGUUUCACGCCAGGCAAGGACAAUCUAAGAAACUGUGAAUCCUGCAAGCAUGGUUGGGUGUCCCAUGCACUAGAUAAAUUAGGAUACAGACACAUAUACAACCUAGGAAUGUCGGUGGAAGUGGUACAACCAAAUGUUGUUUUUGACAUAGCCAGCCUACUGUUGUACGGAGCCACAGCUACACCUGUCCGACUGAAGAUAUUACUGGACCGACUUUUCAGUGUCUUGCAACAUGAUGAAGUCCUUCAAGUUUUGCAGAGCUUUGGGUGGUCUUAUGAAGACUAUGCAAGAGGAUAUAUCUUACAGGAUACUAACGGGAAAGUCCUAGAUAAAUGGUCCAUUGCCUCCCGAGAAGAGGAACACAUUAUGUUGCAGCAGUUUUUGCGAUUUGGAGAAACAAAAUCUAUAGCACAAGAAAUUAUUCUUCAAGACACAAAGGAACAACAAGAUUUAUUUAAGAUGCAAUCAACCAGAGCUGAAUCUGAAAUCAAGAAAUUCAUCGAAAGAAGCAACCACUCAGUUCAUAACUACAUGAGAGGUCUUGAGCCUCGUCAUCUGUUUGGUAAUCGGCUUCCGUUUGUGCCAAUAGGAAGCCGUCUAAUGACUCCUCCAUCACUUUUAAACUUUUCUCCACCUUUGAGUAAUGAUGUCAGAAGUCAUGUGACCUCCGGAGUACCAUCAUCAAGUCCUGUUACGUCAUCACCAUUAGGCAGACUACAGACCAUGCAGCCAUUUGAUUACCACAGGGAACAAAGUAGUCCUGCAAUGAGCCCAGGCAUACCUGAAAAACAUAAUCCGGAAUCAUAUUCAAGUGAUAGUCCUAAAAAUAUGAGUUUGACACCUACAUCAUCGAAAUCAGAUACACCACCAUACACACCUCAAAUCUCAGAGAGCGACGGCACACCAGUCAAAUCAUCAGCUCUGAUGUCAUUGCCCAUCAUGCAACCAGGAGAUCUGGGUAGUAGCAGAGCUCUUGACUUUUCUUCACCGAGGGAUCAUGGGAACAGUUUAAUGUAUGAUGACCACAAUGCCAAACAUUUAAGAAAAUCACACAAUCCAGUCAAAAGACAAUGGACUCCAUCAGCUAGCUUUGGUACUUCUUUCAUAGGACCUAAUGGGAAAAAGCGGGUAUUGUGUACAGCGUGUAAUAAGACUUUCUGUGAUAAAGGUGCACUAAAAAUCCACUACAGUGCAGUUCAUUUGAAGGAAAUGCAUAAAUGUAGCGUUGAUGGAUGUAACAUGAUGUUUAGUUCCAGGAGGAGUCGUAACAGACACAGUGCUAAUCCUAAUCCUAAGUUACAUAUGCCACAAAAAAGAGUCAAGUUACCUGAAGGGGCCAGUAUUAUUGAUGAAGACUCUUGUAUGUCACCAAAUAUGGUAGCAAGUCCACCAAGUAUGGUUGGGUUGCCUACAAGCUUGUCAGAUCCAAGUAUUGUUUCACAGUUCGACACACAUGAGCUUGCUCGUGCUAAUCAUGCACUGUUCUAUUCUGCUUUAAAUGCACAGAUGUCUGUGUUUCCAUCACCAGAGAAAAGAUACCGAUUGGAUGAUGAUAUGCCCAAAGACCUCAGUCUUGUUGACAGGAAAGAUUCAGACCUCAAGUCAGAACGUGAUGACUCCCCUCACCACCGAUCAAAUCGUCGUAAAAAUAUGGUACCGACUCGUCUAACACAGCCUUCUAGUAUGCCUGAUAUGAGUGAUGAUAAUUCUGAAGAUGAACAUGUGAAAGAGGACGGAAAAGAAGACAUGAAUGAUGAACAAUACCUUAGCCUUCAUCAAAGAUAUCAGAUGGAUAAUGAUAGCUUAGCCGAAAAACAUUAUUUGAAGCGUAAAUUAGUCGUGGAUACCAGUGAUGAUAAUGACAUUGAAUUGGGUGAAAUAAGGCGAGAUUACAGAAGUCAUGAACUACCUAACGGACAUGCACAGAAGGAGUAUCCAAAAAUAGCUUCCCUUUUGUCAAAAUCCUGCAAUGAUGAGGUUAUUGAUUACUCUAAAAAGGUUCCCUUAAAUCAAGACGAGGAUUCACUUUCAAGUGACCAUAGUGCUUUGUCUGAAUCUAAGUCAUCUUUUACAAAUAUGGAAACUGGGCAAAAAAUAUCCUCUUCUGAUGAUUCUGUUGGAGAAUUACCUUUCAGUAAGGAAAAUCCAGAAAGAUGUGUCAUGUGUAAUGAAAAUUUUCUAAGUAUGGAAGAUGUACGCUCUCAUCUUCAAAACUUGCAUUUCAAAUCUAUGCAUUUCUGUUCUGUAAAUGGGUGCAAUGCAUUUUUUAAAUCUAAACGAAAUCAGGAGAGGCACAGUGCUGACUGUGAAAAGUUACGACAAAGCUUACUGGAUAAUGACAAUGACCAGUCAGAGGAACGUGAAGAAUUGAAUAUUGAAAAAAUGGAGAGUUCUGUUGACAAAUAUGCCAAAACAAAUGGGAACAAACAUGGAGAUAGUUCUGAUGGGGAUGACGAAGAUUCAGAAGAUGAAAUUGACAAGAAAAAUGAAAACAACAACUUUGACAAUGAAACUGAAAAAGAUGAAAUUGCCAUCCAUAAAAAUGGUAUAAAUGUCCAUUGUCAUGUCUGUCAAUCAAAAUUCAAGGAUAAUUUAGCUUUGAAAGAACAUUUUGAAAUCAAUCAUCCAAAAGAAAUGUUUCACUGUACAAUAAAAGGAUGUGAAAAGAUUUUCUCAACCCGCAAAAGUCGAAAUCGUCACAGUCAGAAUGGUAACCUACAUCAUCAUCUUCCAGAAACAAAAAGCUGAAAUAUAUUAGAAAAGUGCUGAACAAUAAUAUAUGCAAUUAAACUUGGAUAUAUGCUGUCAAUAUGCAAAUGUUAAAUGUUUAAGAAUUAUUUAAUUUCCUUAAUUUAUAACAAAAAGAUACAAGUUGUUUAUAUUGUGAAGUAUAAUAGUACAAAGAUCAAAUAGUCUGUUUUUUAUGGGGAUUUUUUUAUUUCUUUUUUAAGAUUUAUUCUUUCAAACACAAAAUUUGAUUUGUUUCUUUAUAACUUCACUGGUCAAAGGGAGCUAACUCUAUUCAGACCUUUCCCACAAUUGCCAAAUAUUUAUGCACUAUUUGUAUAAUAUUAAUCUAUGCAUUUUAAUUGUUGUGUUUUGUUGUUAUACCAUAGCAUACUGUGGUAGUUAAUCAGAUCUCCAGAGCAGUGUACAUUUCUUGUCUUUAUUGUUUCAUUUUGUUGCAUAUAAUGUUUGAUUUUCUUGUUUCAUUUUUUCAUAUUUGAUAGAUAUGCGAAAUAUCUAUAAUGGUCAAGCAAAAUACAAAAAUAGCUAAACUUUGAAAACUUAUUUGAACAUCAAAGUGAAUGUUGAUAUUACCUUUAAUAUUCAAAUUACUGGAGAGACCAAAUAGUUCUUUAUGUAAAGAUCAGAGCUAAAUAUACAAAAUGCAAUCUACCUUUUAUUGUUUUGUUUCAGUUUAGAUUUCCGUCCACAACUAUUAUUUUGUUUGUUGUCAGUUUAUUUUGACAACGAAAAUUUCUUUUAUGAUCCAGGAGAUUAAUUUUAAAUUAUAUAAUUGGUAAAGAUGAAUAAUUUGUUAAUAUCUGUGUUAUAUGUCAAUGGUUUCACUUCAUGUCUUCUGCAUUCAUUUUUGUUUACUUUUUCCUUUAUUAAGUAUAAUUUGAAGAAGGAUGUAUAUCCUCAAAUUGAAAAAAAAAAAAAUUCAAAUCUAUGCAGGUUUUAAGAAAUCAUUAUUAAUUAAAUACAAUUAUUUAGAAUAAAUAUUAAAUCCUGCAUGGUUGUUUUGUAUUGUUUCAUGUGUUGUGAUACAUAUUUUAGCUCAGGAAGUUUUUUUUUAAGUUGUGAGUAGAUUUUUGUUUUGCUAUUAGAGGUUAUAAAAUUGGUUUUAUGACAAUCCCUUUUUUCUAGUCAAAUAAUUUUUCAGACUAUUAAAUGUCUUGUAAUUAUGUUAUAGCAACGGUUGAAUUAUUCAAAGGUAUUAAGACACAUAUAUAUUAUUUAUGUUACAUUUCAUGAUUUUAUUUGUAUCAUUCAUACACAUGCAUAUUUAUUUAUCAGUAUUCUAUGCAUGCUUUCAUCAUGUUCAUAAUUGCAUUACAUCAAAAAAUAAUUCAUGUUUGUGUUAUAAUGUUUAGACAGAGACCUAACAAACUACAUGUAUAUCUAAAAAUAGUUUUUCUAUUUUUUUCUAGUGCUCUCUGAACAAAAAAAUUUACAGCAUCACAAAUGUUAACAACUUUUUCUUCUUUAUUUGUGUAAGUGUAUUUCUAAAUCCAUAUUUUUCCCCUUCAAUAUAACCAAAAAAUAAGGAAAUUUUCUGAAUUGUGGAUGAACUCUAUAUUUUUCAUUUUUUCCACAUAGUCUUUUCUAGUAUAGUAGUAUUCAUUAGUAAUAGUUAUUUUCAUGAGAGCUUGAUACAUGACAUUGUAAUAGUAUUUUAUUUGACAAUUUAAAAAACAAAUUUAAUACUUUUCAAGUUAACAGAUGCCAAUGAUGUAUACAACAUUUUAUUUAGUUUCUGGCUUCCUAAUAAUGCAGUAAUAAUUAAGUAUGAAAAGAAAACAAGUUCUACUGAUAAGUCACAGUAUACUUGUUACAAUUAUUCAUGUUGUUGGGCUACUGUCUCAUUGACAUAUAUCCCGCAUCUCCUUCUAUUCCUAUACGUUUCUUGAAUUAUUUAAUUAUUUUUUCAGUUUUAGUUGCAAUAAAAAAAAUUAAAGUAUUUUUUUCUAAUUACUAUACAAAUAAUUGACAUUAUACAAUGAGGAAAUUAAUUGUUAGUAUAUCAUCUACUAACAAUCUAUCAACUUAGCUUGUGUUCUUUUCAUAUUAAAUUAUGAUUAUAUUUCAUCCAUGCAUUUGUAAAUAAGCUUUUGAUGUUGAAAUAGUCAAAUCUAAAAAUUAGACAGGCAUUCUAUGGUCAAAGAGGAGAUAACUCUUUUGAAACAAAACCUUAGUAAUUUCCAUUCUUCAUCAAAUUCACAAUUGGUUUUUCAUUUUUUGUCUAUUUAUACUUUAAGAAUUGACCAACUGGUACCUGAACUUAUAAUUACAACAUUCUUUAAAGUUUUAUUCGAUGGAAUUUUUUAAAAAAAGGUUUCAAAAGAGUUUUUUUUUUCUUUGCCUUCAGAAGAGGUCUGUCUAAAGUUCACUUUAAACCUAUGCAAGUAAAAUGUAGAUAUAGAUAGAAAUAUUUUUAAUCAGAUUCUAGCUACUAUGCUAAAUAUGUGUAUUAAAGCAAUAAUUCUUUAUAAUAUGCAUGCAAAGUUUAUUUAUAUGUUUUACAGGGAUAUAAAUUAUCAAUUUAUGCAGAAGAUUCCCAUGAUGCAAAUAUCAUUGUUUUAAGUAUUAUUUGUUUAUAUACUUGUAGACUAGUUUUUGAAAGGCAACAGAGAUUGAAUUUUACUUUAUUUUCUUGAAUUUGUUGGUACUCAAUUUCAAAAAGAAAGUAUAAGCUUUACAGAGUAUGAUUUGUAACGAUCUUUGCUUUAAUCAUUCCAAUUUUAAAAGAAAAGAAUAAAUUAGUGAUCAUUCUUUUAUAUGAAUUUAUGCAAGCAGUCAUCUAAAAACACUUUGUUUCGCAUGUACAGGAUAUAUUUGUUAUUAGAGAAAGUAUUUUGGACUUACAAAAAAAAAUAAAAAUAAAAGUAUUUUGACUCUAAAAUGAUGAACAGUAAUAGCUUAUCCUUCGCUAUGUGUAAGGAUUUUGUUAAUGAAGAAAAACACCACAUCCCAGCUUUUUCUUAAAUUUCAUUCUCUGUUGUCAAUUUUUCAAUGAUUUAAUAACAUUAAACAUUAAAUCCUGCCAGUCAAGUUGCCAAAUUGUUGAUAAUUUUUUUUGUAAUUUAGUGUACAAAGUACUUACCUGUGAUAUUCCGUUUUAUUUUCUAUGCCAAAAACUUAGAUACAGUUAGUCAACAUCGAACAUGCAAACAAUCUUAGUUUUAGUUCACAUUUAUACCAAUACAAUGUACUUUCAAAGACAUUUUAUGGAUCUUGGAUCCAUUGGCCGUAAUUUUUUUUUAGUCUCUCAUGUAAGAAGCAUAUGUCAAUCAAAAGUAAAAUUUUUAUACAUAAUUUUUAUUCAGUACCACAUUUUUUGUCCAUUUUGCUUUUUGAAUAUUAAUAGUACAUGUAGUACACCUAUUAUUUAACUAUAAAAUAUCGAUAAUACAUGUUUAUAUCAUUUAUUGUUAUUUCACAUCUAAGCUUCACAAUGCACUUUUAAUGAACAAAGCAUAAUAAUAUCGGAAAUGGCAGUCUCAAAUUCUCAAUUUAUUUGAUGAAAUGCAAUUGUGUACUAAAUGUAUCAGUGUUUAGAGGCUAUUUUAGUAGCCAUUCACUCAAGCAUCUAGUCAAUGUCUUAGUUUUCAUUGGUUGUUGAAUAUUUUUAAAUUUAUUAUUUAUUAUACUGAAGACCAGUUUUGUAUCAGUAUUAGCAUAGAAUAAAGUUCUUUUGUAGCAGAAA